UUUAAACGAAAGAGAACAAUUCGGCCUGCUAUUGGAGAGUGGCUGUCAGGUUUCCAUACAAGACUUUGAUUUGCCCUUUGUCCUGCUAUUUGAAUUUGCCAGGUCAACAAGUGAACUACGCAAAUGAAUGUGACCCUCUUCUUUCUCUGAAAUGUUAAUGUGUAAGCUGAGUGCCAUCUAGAAGAAUUUUCAGCUAACUGAUGAGAACUUAUUCAAUGUAAACCAAGACGUGAUCUGUCUGACCUGAACAAACUUCUGUGAAGCACGAGACUAGCAAUUUAAAGAAUUUCAUUUUCAAUUAUCAUCCAUUACACCACUCUUAGCUAAGCCAGAUCUCUCAAGUUAGCUGCGAGGGUUAAGCAUCUUGUGCAGCCCAAGACAUGCCUUCAGGCUCCUGCCUUUUCCACAGGCGAAGGAUUCGCUUUUUCAAUGGGCCACUAAUAUAUCUAAUGAACCAGCCGACACCAAUGAUGCCUAGGAAUUUCUAGGGUCCUCCAGAACAUCAAAUGAUAUACAUAAGCUAGCAAAACUACAGAAAAAUCUUUCAAAAAUGCAAUCGCCUGGCGGCUCAAUUCCUUCUCCUGUGUCAUCUUGCAUCUUCUCCAACUGCUGGAACCUUCAUGUCAAAUUAUGUUCAGGGAAACGACUAAGACUCUACCUUUGCUUUAGCCUUCCAUAAUGACUACUUCGCACUUUAUUGCUUGUAUCUCCUCCAUUCUCUUAAAUCCGCAAGGAGAACAUGCACUGAAACUGGCAGGAAUAAAGGCUGCUCAGACAAGAAGCAAAAGAACACAUAAUGGGAGAAGAAAGGCUGCUCUUCCAUGUUAUAGUUUUCAGCUUCCAUUGUUUAGCAGAAAGCAAGGAAAAGUAUAAAAAACGGACCAAGUAAAUGUCAAAGACAAACAAGACUCUUCAAGACUGCAGCUGUGCUUAAAAACAGAGUUCUGGAAUCCAAACCUUUUUUUUGUGCACUUGACUUUUAAUGGAAGUGUUUCCCUCACAAAAGCCUCGGUCAAUUAGACAACUGUGUAUGUAGGAGAAUUGAUUCUUAUCCAUUUGACAAUCACUUUGGAAAAACAGCGGCCGAGCAAAUGGGAAAUUGAUGUCAACCAUCAAUUGUCAGCAAACCAGGUAAAAGGAUUUGUUUUUCAUAUUUUCACAAGAAUUCAUGUAAAUUGAUUGAGGUUUCACUGAUAAAGAAAAAGAAGACCUUUUUUUUAUGGUAUGGGGUUCCCAACUGAUAGUGAUAGAAAUCCAAAAUCCCUUUGAAAUCUGUUUCCCUCCAUUUUCAUUUCUUAUUUACUUGAUACAACGGCUGCUGGUACAGGCGCAGAAGACAAGUGAGGUUUUUUGCUUCUAAUAAUUUUAUUUAUGCGGUCUCUUCCAUGGCCAAAUUGCCUCAUACCUCUCCUCUUUGCUUGCAAAGACAAAAUAUCCGUCGCCCAAAUCCACACUCUCAUGCUCACAACUGGUCUCUCUCCCAACUCAAACUCCCUUGUCCGCUUAAUUGCUUCAUAUGCGCGCGUUGGCGACAUCGUUUCCGCCCGCCGCAUAUUCGAUAAAUUGACUCAAAGAGGCGUGGAUGCAUGGAAUUCUAUGAUAGUUGCGUAUUCUCGAAUUUAUCCGAGUGAAGUUUUAAACCUUUACUAUAAAAUGAUAACCGAGGGAGUUAGACCUGAUAGCUCCACUUUCACGGUCGUGCUAAAGGCCUGUUCAAGCUUGAUGGAGUUGGAAGCGGGAGAGGAAAUUUGGCAUUGGGCGAUGGAUUUUGGGUAUGGGAGUGAUGUGUUUGUUGUGUCAUCUGUAUUGAAUUUAUACGCUAAAAGUGAGAAAAUGGACAAAGCAAAGGUGGUGUUUGAUAAAAUGUUGAAAAGGGACAUUGUCAGUUGGACUACUAUGAUAACAGGAUUUGUAAAAAGCAAGCGGCCUUCGGAAGCCAUUGAUGUUUAUAGGAGAAUGCAGAAGGCGGGGUUUGAAGGAGAUGGAGUUGCGAUAGUGGGGUUGAUUCAGGCUUGUGGUAGUCUUGGAGAUUCAAAAUUGGGUCUUUCUAUUCAUGGGUAUAUGGUUAGGAGAGAGAUGGCCAUGGAUAAUGUCCUCCUUCAAACUAGCCUUGUUGAUAUGUACGCUAAGAAUGGGUUAUUGGAGCUUGCUUCGCUUGUCUUCAAGGAGAUGCCACAUAAGAAUGUUAUUUCUUGGGGAGCAUUGAUUUCUGGCUUUGCUCAGAAUGGUUUUGCGGGGAAUGCGCUUGAAUUGCUGGUUGAAAUGCAGAGUUUUGGGUUCAAACCAGAUUCAGUUUCUCUUAUCAGUGCGCUUUUGGCAUGCUCACAAUUGGGAUAUUUGAAAUGGGGAAAAUCUCUACAUGGAUAUAUUGUUAGAAGGCUUCAUUUUGAGCAAGUUUCAGGCACUGCAUUGAUUGACAUGUAUGCUAAAUGUGGAGCACGUUCUUAUGCACGUACCUUAUUUGAACAAAUAGAUUCUAGGGACUUGAUAUUGUGGAAUGCAAUGAUUGCUAGCUAUGGAAUCCAUGGAGAUGGGAAGGAAGCUCUCUCACUAUUCCUCCAGAUGAGAGAAACAAACUUAAAUCCAGAUCAUGCAACUUUUGCUUCUCUUCUAUCAGCUUGUAGCCACUCAGGACUAGUAGAAGAAGGUAAACACUGGUUUCAUUUCAUGGUUAAUGAAUCUAAGAUCCAGCCGGAUGAGAAGCAUUAUGCUUGUAUGGUUGAUCUUUUGAGCCGAGCAGGACAAGUGGAAGAAGCUUAUCAGCUAAUAAAAUCAAUGCACACUGAACCAGGGCUUGCCAUUUGGGUUGCUCUUUUAUCAGGUUGCUAUAAUUAUAGAAAUUUAUUGAUUGGAGAGAUGGCAGCAAAGAAGAUUCUUGAGUCAAAUCCGGAUGAUCUGGGAAUUUAUGUUUUGGUUUCAAACUUCUUUUCCAUGGCCAAGAAGUGGGAUGAAGCAGCUGUUUUGAGGAAGAUAAUGAAAAACACGGGAAUGAGGAAAGUGCCUGGUUAUAGUGCAGUGGAAGUGAAUGGGAAACACCAAGUUUUUCUAAUGGAACACAAGAGCCUCAAUCAAUAUGAAGAUAUAUUGCAAAUAUUGGGCACUCUGGAUGAUGAGAUGAGAGCUAACAGAUGUGUCCCAGAGACUGAAUUGGUGUUUCAUGGCAUGGAAGAAGUGAAAGGACAUUUUCUUUAGUAAUCGCUUUGAGAUCCUUGUUGCAUAAAACCCAAACUUCCAAUCACAUUAACAGCUCAUCUUAUGGAGCUUUCUUCUAAUCACAAUUCACACUAAACGGGCUAAAGAAAACGUCAUCGUCGUUGGACAAUUUGCAUCAAGCAAAAGAGUCUGCUAAGAACAGAGAUUACCUUUUGAACUGAAAGGCUCGGUCACAGCCAGAUGUUUGUUUAUAAGAGUGGAGCAUAGUCUGGAGAAAGAAAGCAAAGGCCAGGAUCACCUUUCCAUCUGUACACUGAGGCUCUGAGUCUCUACCUUUUGUGUCCCGGAAUUUUCUGGCUCUCUGACACAGAUCAAGAGUAUUCAGCCACGUAGGCCAUUAAGCAGAUUGAUGUGCCUGUUUAUUCUGGAUCCCAGUUGCAUGUGGUAUAAUAGAGAUGAUGUGUUUCCAAUGUAUAUGAUAAUUAUUCUUUCUA